AUGGGUUUUGACAGGCGCGAGAUUGCUACAUGCGAGCGUGUUGUUGGUACUGGACUCUACCGCCGACCACUUUUAACUCGCAUGCUGAAAUACCAGAAUACAGAUACUGCAAGUGCACUCUGUGAGACAUUCUCUACCAAAGCAGCACCAAAAAGUUUCUUGAUUCAGAUAACAACACUGCCUGAAGCGCAUUGA